AUGGCAUCAAAAGUAACAAACAUAACUACAUCCAAAGCUAUACAGGCUAAACAUUAUUCUAUUAUUGCUGACUGCACUCCUGACAUAUCUCAUAAAGAACAAUUAGAAUGUCUCAAAUUUGUCGUUAAAAGUGCAAAGAGGAACAGAUUACGACGCUCUAAAAGCAGAGUUAUUAUCAACGUUCAAACAAACCAAACCAAACUAAAGCAAUUUCAAGAAAAAGAACCUUUUAAAAUAAAUUUGAAUCUGAUGAAUAUAAACAAAAUUGAAGAGAGGCAGCCACCAGAAGAGUCCAAUAAAAUAAAAGUUGUCCUGAGCAAGAACAAAGAUGAAAAUGACAUCCAACAAUCACAACAGCAAAAUGCUGAGCAGAAUGUUACCAUCCCAUCAGCAAAUUUACACAUGAAUGAUUCUCUCCUUCCAGUUCUCUCUCUUCCUUCUCCUGUUCAACAGCAGCAGCAGCAAGAUCAUCACAGAAAGAGAAAAGCAGAGCAUAGUUCAUCGUCCUCACACACAUCUCAUUCUAGAAAUCGUUUGCAGCUGGACAGAAGGUUGCAUGAGAGGCCAGAACAAAAUUUGAACCAGCAACAAAAACGGCAACCGCGUUUUCAGCAACAACGCCAUCAUCAACAUCUCAUGAAACAAGAUAAAUGUCAACCAAAUUAUCAGCGACAAAAGCAACAUCAUUACGAGAAACAAGCGCAACAACAACACAAGAAACAAGACCGACGUCAACCAAAUCCGAACCAACAACCCAACACUCCAGAAAAGGGAGGCGAAUAA